UUGUGGAGAUGCAUGCACCUGGUUUCUUCAGUUGUCAACAUGAUUGCGAGCCAUCCAGGGCCCCUGUCGCGGAUAUUGAAGUGUUGCCGAAAUCCACAACCCUGAGUACCACAUUCCACGUUGGGACAAGAUCUUCGGCCAAGCUCACCGCACGGUUAUCUGCAGUAGUAUACAGUGCGGGGAAAAAGCUUGGGAGGCUUGAUUACCAGGUGUUGAUAUCGAGUUCUCAUUGUUAUAUCAUGAACGCAUAGCAGCCUUUUUCGUAGUGCUGAGCCCUACAGGUUCCUCACUUUUCCACGAUUUCGAGCGAGCACUCCGCGUUAUUCACAGUGCCUGCGUCAAGAUGACUUCAAGAGGGCAGACAGCGAUGCAAGAUGAAAAACCUAUCAAUCCUGUAGUGGAGAAGUCCGACUUGAACAACGAAAAGCUUGCUGCUUUGGAAAAUGUCGACUUCACUGGCGCCACGGCCAAAACAGAUCCAGCGGAGAUCAAACUUGUAAAGAAACUCGACUGGCGCAUCAUGCCAACGCUCUGCACGAUGUACUUCCUCAACUACGUCGACCGAAAUGCAAUUGCGCAAGCCCGACUCAACAAUCUCGAGAAAGACUUGAACAUGUCAGGUAUCCAGUUCAACACCACAGUCAGCAUACUCUUCGUCGGCUACGUUCUUAUGCAAGUACCCUCCAACAUGCUCAUCACACGGAUCAAGCCCGGCAUCUACAUGAGCGUGUGGAUGUUCAUCUGGGCUGUUGUGUCAGCAUGCACGGCUCUUGUCCAUAGUUUUGGAGGCCUGGUAGUUUGCCGCUUUUUUCUAGGAAUCACUGAGGCUCCUUUCUACCCGGGCGCUACAUACAUGCUUUCGAUUUUCUAUACGCGGAAAGAGGUAGCUACACGUAUCGCUCUAUUGUAUUGCGCGCAAAUUCUGGCCACUGGGUUUUCUGGACUCAUCGCAGCUGGUGUCUUUGCAGGCAUGGACGGUUUUCGAGGAAUCGCUGGAUGGCGAUGGCUGUUUAUCCUUGAAGGUGCGGUGACCGCCUUUGUAGCCAUUUUCGGCUUUUUCCUCCUGCCAAACACACCUCUCACAACCCGAUGGCUCAACCCAGCGGAGCGGGAACUCGCACACUCACGUAUCGAACGAGACAGGGUCGGAGAUUCAACUGAGCCGGUCAGUACGAUGGAAGGUCUGAAGCAAGCUUGUAGAGAUAAGAGAACGUGGUUGUUCUGCUUCAUGCAGAAUUUCCAUUUGAGCGCUUGCUCAUUCAACUCGUUUUUCCCGACUGUCGUGAAAACUCUUGGAUUCAACAGGACCAUCACCCUCGUCUUGACAUGUCCACCGUUCAUCUUCGCCGGCGCGGCAGGCAUCGCGAUGGGAUGGAGUUCAGGUCGAAUGCACGAACGCACAUGGCAUAUCACGGGGGGACUUUUCGUUGCGAUAGUAGGGUUUGUCAUUGCGGCCAGCACGAUGAACACCGCAGGACGAUAUGUAGCCUGUUUCAUCUUCCCUAUGGGGGCAUACUCUGUCAACUCCGUCAUCAUCGGCUGGGCAUCCUCGACUCUAAGCCAGACCAAGGAGAAGAAAGCAGUGGUUCUCGCUAUGACAAAUGUAGGAGGCCAGAUUGGGUACAUAUAUGGCGCCUACCUAUGGCCCGACUACGAUGGACCACGAUACGGAAUCGGCUUUGGAGCAUCGGCGGCCUUUGCGUUGUGCUCAAUCGGUUGUGCUUGGGCUAUUCGGUUGUUGCUCAUCAAAGAGAAUAAGAAGCUCCGAGCGUCAACUACAGAGCACGUUAAUUUGUAUGGAUACUAGACACGUUGGACGCCAGUUGGCAGCCGAAGAUUCACAAAACGACUUUUUCCGAAUGCAGAUCGAUCUGAAAGUUUCUCUUGCUCAGAUCGGAUAUCAAACCUCGUGACCUAGAAGAGUUGUUACUUUGUAACCGAGUAACGAACG